AUGCUUCGUACAACGCUGCCUCGAGUCUUGACCCGCGCUGCAGCUGUGCCAUCCUCGCGCGUAGCUGCACGCUCGUUUGCCAGUGCCGCACUGGAUGGCCCUGUGUCGGGCUUCUGUGGUGCUGUCGGCAACACGCCGUUGAUCCGUAUUAACUCGCUGAGCAAAGAGACGGGUUGUGACAUUUACGGCAAGGCCGAAUUCAUGGCGCCGGGUGGUAGUGUAAAGGACCGUGCUGCGCUUUACAUUGUGCUGGACGCAGAGAAAAAGGGUCUGAUCAAGCCUGGUGGCACAGUCGUGGAAGGCACGGCUGGCAACACGGGUAUUGGCCUUGCCCACGUAUGCCGUGCUCGUGGCUACAAGUGUGUCAUCUACAUGCCCAACACACAGUCGGAAGAGAAGAUCAACUUGCUUCGUAUGUUGGGCGCUGAGGUGUACCCUGUGCCUGCCGUGCCAUUUGACAACCCAGAAAACUACAACCACCAAGCGAAGCGCCAUGCGGAGAGUCUCGACAAUGCCGUGUGGACGAACCAGUUCGACAAUGUAGCCAACCGUGAGGCACACAUUCUCACGACGGGUCCGGAGAUCUGGGAGCAGACACGGGAUACGGGUCUGGAUGGCUUUAUUUGUGCCACUGGUACGGGUGGUACGUUGGCCGGUAUUACCAACUACCUCAAGGCUCAGUCGAAUGGUGAGGUGCAGUGCUGGCUAGCUGACCCGCCUGGCUCGGUGCUGCAUGCCUACGUGCAGUCGAAGUGCGAGCGACUGGAGCGUACUGGUACAGGCUCGAUUACCGAGGGCAUUGGCCAAGGCCGUCUGACGUCGAACCUGCGCCCUGAUAUCCAUUUGAUCGACAACAGUCUGCAUAUCGAGGACGAGGCUAGCAUCGAGAUGGUGUACCGCAUGCUCGACGAAGAAGGUUUGUACAUUGGUGCUUCUUCGGCGCUGAAUGUAGUGGCGGCGAAGCGCAUGGCUGAGAAGCUCGGGAAGGGCAGCAAGGUCGUCACCAUCCUCUGUGAUGGUGCUGCACGCUACCAGACCCGUCUGUUCAGCCGCUCGUGGCUGGAAAGCAAGUCGCUCUUGACAGCGAUCCCAGAGCGUCUGCAUAAGUACAUUGUCUUGCCGUAA